AUGGCGGCGGUGGGCCGGGAGCCGGCGGGGGCCGCCGUGGGGUUCUUCCGCCCGCUGAGCGCCGACGACGAGGAGCAGCUGCCGACCGAGCUGGAGUCGCUGUGCAUGGGUUGCUUCCGCCGGGGCGUGACGCGGCUGCUGCUGACCCGCAUCCCCUUCUUCCGGGAGGUCAUCGUGGGCUCCUUCGCCUGCGGCAGCUGCGGCUGGAGCAACGCGGAGGUCCAGUCGGCCGGGCGCAUCCAGGCGCGGGGGGUGCGCUACGCGCUGGCCGUGAGGAGCCGGCAGGACUUGAACAGGGCCGUGGUGAAGACAGACGGCGCCACUGCCAGGGUGCCAGAGCUGGACUUUGAAAUCCCGGCUUUCUCUCAGAAGGGAGUUCUUACAACCCUGGAAGGGAUCCUUGACAGAGCCAUAGCAGGACUGGAGCAGGAUCAGCCCGAGCGCAGAAAAAUGGACACUGAAAUGGCAGGAAAGAUUGAUGAAUUCAUCUCUAAGCUGAAAGGCCUGAAGGAAGUGGAGUCAACUUUCACUUUUAUUCUCGAUGAUCCUUCAGGAAACAGCUUUGUGGAGAACCCUCACGCCCCACAGAAGGAUGACGCUCUAGAGGUCACCCAUUACAGGAGGACAGCCCAGCAAGCAGCUCUGCUUGGAAUAGAGGAAGAGGGCUUGGAGGAGGAUUCCGCUGAUUCUGCAGAUGAUCUGAGGAACGAGGUACUGCAGUUCAGCACCAACUGUCCCGAAUGCAACGCUCCCGCCAGCACAAACAUGAAGCUGGUGCAGAUUCCCCAUUUCAAGGAAGUCAUCAUCAUGGCUACAAACUGCGAUGCCUGUGGGCACAGAACAAACGAGGUGAAAUCCGGGGGAGGUAUUGAGCCUUUGGGUACCAAGAUAACCCUUCAUGUGACGGGUCCUGCAGACAUGACAAGGGAUGUCCUGAAGUCAGAAACGUGCAUGAUACAGAUCCCAGAGUUGGAGUUUGAGUUAGGAAUGGGAGGUCUGGGUGGAAAAUUCACCACUCUUGAAGGGUUGCUGAAGGAUAUCCAGGCUGUGGUGGAGAAGAACCCUUUCACUCUGGGGGACAGCUCUUGCCCCGAGAAAGCAGACAAGCUGCGCGCCUUUGGGAGGAAGCUCCAGCAGAUUGUAGAUGGGCAGAUGAAGGUACAUCUUGUGCUGGAUGACCCUGCAGGAAACAGUUACGUUCAGAAUCUCUAUGCUCCUGAAGAAGACCCGGAGUUGCAUGUGGAGCGAUACGAGCGGCGCUUCGAACAGAAUGAGGAGCUGGGCCUGAAUGACAUGAGAACAGAGGGCUACCAGGCAGAUUUGUCUUCCCCUCAGUAGCCAAGUUGACAUGCAAGGCACUGUGUGGAAAGUACUAGACUGUUGGGUUUCAAGCUUUUGUCGACCGCUUUUCUUUGGCAAGAAAUUGCUUGUUGUCAAGACUGACUCUGCCCCACACAUAGAAGUCAGGCUGGCUGGACUCUAUUAAAACUGAAGCUGGGAA